AUGAUAAGUCUGUCUACCGUCUUGUUUAUCUAUCUCUUUGGUGGGUUGACGUUUCCUCUGGUCGUAGUAUAUGCAUUGUUUAUAGCCGCCCCAAACGCCAGAAAGGCGGCAGUACUAAGCCCUGAGAUUCUGAUUCCAGACGUGAGUCCUGACUUCAAAGUGGGUGCUUUCGAAGAAGCCAAGGGUGUGAAAGUGGUUAAGAAGGGCUGGCUCUCCGUCACAACAAAAUACUACUACCAUGCUACGGAAUUGCAGGAAUUAGAAGACAAUGAGAAUUUAUCGAGCAGAGACAAAUUGAAAAAAAAGCACCACUUCUAUGCGCUUCUCAAACACGGAAACUUGUUUCUGUACAGAGAUGACUCUGCGGAUGCCAGCGUUGCUCACGUCAUAGUGCUCAAAGACAGUUUCGUGUCACUAUGGCCCAGAAACCCCCAAGCAGAAGCCCCGGACGGAUCGCUGUACACAAAAAAAAUGUGUAUCGCAAUCUUCAAAAACGGAAUCGUUGGGAUAAAUGCAGACGGCCAAUUGGAAUUCGCAACGCAAGCUCAAGACUCCAAGCGCCUGGAUCACUUUUUCUUGUAUGUUUCCAACAAUAUUGAAAAAGAAGAUUGGUAUUUUGCACUCAUUAAUGCUUCAAAGGUAUCGUUGCCCGACAUAUCACACAACCAAGAGCUCAAUGCAAACGUUUCCGCCGAAACCGCACAUUUUCCGACGCGAGACAUGUUGUACUUAAUUCAGACCUUAAAUUCAAAUGAGGGCCAGGCAACUACUAAAUGGCUCAACGCUAUCCUGGGACGGCUUUUCUUGGGCCUCCAGCAAACAGAGAUGCUUUCCGAAUAUCUACGCGAACGGUUGUACAAGAAGUUGACCAAAAUAAAUAAGCCUGGUUUCUUGGACGAUCUUGUUGUUGAAAGAGUUGAUGCUGGGAAUGCAGCUCCCAUUUUUACACACCCAUCACUAAAAGAAAUCACCCCAAAUGGACUAACAAAAGUCGGGUUUCAGUUGUUUUAUAAGGGAAACUUAUCGCUCAUAAUCUCAACCAAGGCCACUAUUAACCUUGGAUCUCGAUUCAAGACUAGAGAAGUCACUCUUCAACUGUCCAUAACUGUUAAAGAAAUUACAGGGCCCAUGCUAGUUAUAAUAAAACCACCUCCUUCCAAUCGUAUCUGGUACAGCUUUGAAACUGAACCGUACAUAGAUUUGGAUGUUGAGCCAAUCGUGAGCACAAAACAGCUCUCUUAUAACAUGGUAACGAAUGCCAUCAAAAGCAAAUUUCGAGAGGCUAUAAAAGAGUCACUAGUGAUGCCAUUCAUGGAUGAUAUACCUUUUCACAAUACAACUAGUGAGUUUUACCGUGGAGGUGUUUGGGAACACGCAAAACCUUCAAAUAAUCGCAAUGACCGAGAUGACGAAGAUGCCCAUGCUCAAGAGGAAAAGAGAGGCUCUUGGUGUGAGCCUAAAGUGAACGACUCUCAAAGAGUCUCUACAGAUGCCCAUGAAUCGCAUUCAAGUUCUUCGUUAGGUUCUGGACUUGAAAACUAUACGCUUGGGGGAACCAAGGAAUCUGGUCCUGAGCCUACUUCGAUCCGGCAAAGAACUUUGCAAAAAGUGGAAACUUUUAAGUCUAAAUUGAAGACAAAGGCCGAGUCAAUCGCGUCUAGCGCUGAAUCAGAUGAAUCCGAAGAACAUAACAUGAAGUCAAGAAAUUCAUUUGAAAAUCAUGGCUUCCUGGAUAGCGACGACACCAAAAAUUCUAAGAAUUACUUCAACGCUGGAAUGAAGAAGGUAGGCAAGUGGUACAAAGGCAAUGUCUCAAAUUCCGUUUCUUCGAAUGAUGACGCUACCAAUGACUUUAACGCAGAAACCCAAAGUGAUUUGAGGAUGAUAUCAAAUCGUAGAACCCUUCCAAAGGCAAAAGAAAGGGAAUUUUUAAAAUCUCCUAAAAUAGGCGGUAGGCGAACGUCAGAUGCCGCAGAAAUGUUCGCAAAAAGUAAACAAAGAUCGACGUCUAUUAACUCCUCCAAGGGGGCAUCUAUGGGCAACAACUAUUCAUUCUCUCACACGCCUCCGCAUUCCCCCCUCUUGCCGAAUACCUGGCCAAAUCAAGAAACGAACGGGGACAACUCUUCAAAUAAUACCAAAUCUCAUGUAAAUCAUGGUGAGCAAGGUGAGCAACCAUCCACAAUUACACCAGAACCUGAUAGCGAAGCUAAGGAGAGGGUAAGAUUGGAUAUAGAUAGUAAAGCGGCAGAAGGUAAUGUGGCUAAUGAAAUUGUCGAGGAUUACGUAGGCGGUAAUGAGGCUGGAGAGCAGCAAGAAUUUGAGAGGCCUGCUGUGGUGCAAAAUUCGCAACGCGUUUGUUUGCAAGAGCUCAAUAGAAGAAGACCAGUUCCGCCACUGCGUGCAUAUAAUGAGCGCAACGUUGAGAAGGAACCGAAAGAGAAAAUUUCACCAGCGCUUACGAUAGACCAAAUCUCAGCCGAAGUGACAUCUGAAUAA